GCCAAUGCAAAGGUCUAGUGGCCGCUUAUCAACACUACCAAAACAAUUGGCAACGCUGUGGCGUUUUCAAUUUGUUAAACAUCUUGCGAACUUUAAGAACACGCGCGUUGAUUAUCCAAUGGACGGCGAGAGCAAUAACAGCAUGAAAAUAGAUGCGCCCAGGCAGGACACAGUCGACGGCAGAGCAUCGCCGGCAUCAUCAGACAACUCGGCGGCGGGCAGUGAUGGUGAAUCCGACACGCCCUGGCACUGGCGCUGCCUGCCCAUCGAGGCCGUGCACCGCGGGCUGUUGCCCUUCGAGCUGGACCACCUGGGCGCUGUGCUGCCGGGCGCCCAGCACAAGGUGCUCUACCGACAUCCGAUUCGCGAGCCGGAGACCGAGCCGCCGCGUCCAUUUCGGGGCGCACAUCGUUGGGACUCCGAUCAUGUGCGCCUGCCCUGUGCACCGGAGAGCAAAUAUCCCGUCGCGGCAGAGGAUGGCACCUCGGACAUCGAGUCGCGCUGGGGCAUGAUCAAGCGGGCGCUCCAGCGUCCCAUUUCCACUAGCAAGCAGCUCGAGGCGGCCAUUCUGACGUACAACAGCACGUACAAGGACCAGUGGAGCUUCCGGGCCCUGCACAAGCUCUUCAACGACGAGCUGGAUGAGAGCGAGUCGCGUGUCUUCUUCGAGGAUCUGUUGCCACGCAUCAUUCGUCUGGCGCUGCGCCUGCCGGAGCUGAUCAGGGCUCCAAUUCCGCUGCUCAAGCAGAAUCACACGUCUGCCGUGUCACUGACCCAGGAGCAGAUCUCGUGCCUGCUGGCCAACGCUUUUCUAUGCACAUUUCCGCGCCGCAACACGCUCAAGCGCAAGUCCGAGUACGGCAAUUUUCCGGACAUUAACUUCAAUAGACUCUAUCAGGCCACCGGGUCAGCGGUGCUGGAGAAGCUGAAGUGCAUCUUCCACUACUUUCGUCGCGUCUGUCCCACGGAGCGGGAUGCCAGCAAUGUGCCCACCGGCUGCCUGACCUUCAUGCGCGUCAGCGGGAAGCCCGAGGAUGAGGUCAAUUGGCACGCGAGCUCUGCGGUCCUGGCCAGCGUGCCCAUGCACAUCAAUGCCGGCGGCACCAUCGAGGAUCAGGGCGUUGGCCUGCUGCAGGUGGACUUUGCCAACAAGUUCCUGGGCGGCGGCGUGCUCGGCCACGGCUGCGUGCAGGAGGAGAUCCGUUUCGUCAUCUGCCCGGAGCUGCUCAUCUCGAAGCUCUUCACCGAGUGCCUGCUCUCCACGGAGGCGCUGCUAAUGGUGGGCAGCGAGCGCUUCAGCAACUACACCGGCUAUGCGAGCAGCUUCGUGUGGGCGGGCAACCACGAGGAUCGGACGCCGUACGACAAGUCGCGGCGCCGCCACACGGCGAUUGUGGCCAUCGAUGCACUACGAUUCGACCAGCAGAUGCAGUCGCAUCAGUAUCGCGAGGAUCUCAUUUUGCGUGAGCUGAACAAGGCGUCCAUUGGCUUCAGGCACUGGCUGUCGACGCCGGCGCCGGGCGUGGCCACUGGCAAUUGGGGCUGCGGCGCCUUCGGCGGCGAUCCGCACCUGAAGGCGCUCAUCCAGAUCAUGGUCUGCGCCCACCACGGCCGUCCGCUGGCCUACUACACAUUCGGCAAUCGCCAGCUGAGGGAUGACCUGCACGAGCUCUGGCAGAUCUUCCGUGCCCAUGGCACCACCGUGCACCAGCUGUACUCCGUGCUGUGUCCCUUCAAGAAGACGGGCGCCGGCCGAACUCUCUAUGCCUUCGUGCUCGAGGGCCUGAAGACGCUGCACAAGGUGCCCGAUGCCCAGCCCAAGCCAGCGGAUGCAGUGGCGCCGCCAGCUGCAGCAAAGCAACAGCAAAGUCCGGAUCUGUUUGCCGACUCGGAUUGCUCGCAGAACAAUGGAAUUGCGCUGUCGGAUAACGAUGAUGACGAUGCCGAGCAGGAGCAGGCCAACGCCAUGAUGUUGGCUGCGAGUCUGGACAGCGGCGGCGCCGGUGGCAGUGGCGGUGGCAGCUCCAGCAGCAACUCCAGCAGCAACAGCAAUCACAUCAGCAGCAGCUGCCACAAGUUCCCCAGCUCAUGCUGUGGGCAAGCGUCAGCAGACGCUCCUGGAGAUGCUGGACAAGCACUACGAGCAGGGGCAGGCGAAUGGCUCCAAGCGGCAGCACCAGUCGACGCCGACGGACAAGUGCGGCAAGGCGCGCAAGGAUUGCAAGGACGACGACGCGAGCACCGGCAACUGCAAUAGCCGAAAUUGAAAUCGAAAUCGAAAUCGAAAUCGAUUGCCCGACUGUUCAGUUUCUAUAUAGACAGACAUUCAGUCGGAAGUCUCACGGUUGCGAUCUGUUGCCAUCUCUUUCGCAUUUGUACCAAGGCAAUUACUUAGCAGUGUUCUCCCUCAUAACGGUAUAGACUCGUAGC